UUUUGAGUCUUGAAUUUUCCUUAAGAUGUACAUAAUGCUCAGACAAGCAGUCAUAUCUCUAUUGAAUAUGACCUUUAGGUCGCGUUUUUUAAUCUGUCUCUUGCGUCCAUCCCCUUCCAUUUUACAUAGUAGGUGCAUUAUUAUUAUUAUUUUAAGUGUUACUGCGUAAUGAUAAGUUAAAGUUGACCCAGAAUAUAAGACAAUAAAAGCAAACUUAGGCAAAAAACUAUUUGAAUCUGAAAUAUUAUUUUGCCGGAAAAAAAGAGAAAAAAUAAACUUUAUCAAAGAAAGAAGUUUAAUUAUUUUUUAUUCUCCUUAUUUUUAGUUUUCUCUUACAAAAAGUAUUUAAAGGCUGACCUUGAAAAUAUUUUUAUUUUUUUUAUUCGUAAUUUUAUGUAAAUGGAAAGUCCACAGCCUUAAUUUACUACAAUGGUUUCCUACUUCACGAUCCUUGAAAAUUUCAAAGUUCGAGGGACGAGUAACCAACCUUUAGUACGAGCGUACUGCUAUAUUUUUUUAAUUGUUAUUGUUUGUUGUUUAUUGUUUGAGCUUAUAGACUUUCAACUUGAACCUCCAGCUUUGUGUAGUGCAGGGCCUAUCAAUGGAGAUCUUUUUAAUUGGCAAGCUACAAUUACUGGACCUCCAAAUUCGGCAUAUCAGGGAGGGGUGAUCUUCUUGAAUAUUAAAUUUCCAAACGACUACCCGUUUAAACCGCCACAAGUUAGGUUCACAACAAAAAUUUACGCACCAUAUGUUAACAGCGAUUUGGGUACUAUGUGUUUGGAUAUUCUUACUAGCAAGUGGUCACCAGCUUUGACUAUUUCUAAAGUUCUGAUCUCAAUUUGCUCUAUGUUAGGCGAAGUUAACAGCAAACAUACUCAUUAUGCUACGGCCCGUGAAUGGACGCGAAAAUAUGCAAUGUGA